AUGGAAGAAACUCAAAAAGUAUCUCAAGACUCUUCAACCCCAACAAAGGCCACCACAAAUAUUAAAACAGAACAAGGAAUAAAGAAUUUAAUAUUUGGCUCUAUUUCUGAAACAACAGGAAAACUUGUGGAAUAUCCAUUUGACACUGUCAAGACACGUCUUCAAUCCCAGCCAUCAGAUCGUAAAUUAUUUAAUGGUCCACUGGAUUGCUUUAAAAAAACUAUAAGUAAGGAUGGAUUUUUGGGAUUGUAUUGGGGAUUAUCAUCACCAAUGGUUGGUGCAAUAUUAGAGAAUGCAAUACUGUUUUUGGCAUACAAUCAUAUACAAAUGUUGAUAAGAGAGCAUACAACACCAAUAGAUCAAAAGCAUUUGUUAUAUGAUAAUAAUUACCAAAAAGAUGCUGGUCAAAUUCCUCUAUCAAUGACUCAAUUAAUUUUAGCUGGCCCAUUAUCAAUUAUCAAAUAUACAUUAAAGACACAUGGUAUAAAAGGAUUUUAUUGUGGACAUUUUGGUACAUUUAUACAAGAGACUUUUGGGGGUGGUGCAUGGUUUGGUAUUACCGAACUUAUGCUAUCAGGAGCGUUGGCGGGAAUGGUUUAUAACCUUUUAAUAUUCCCAGCUGAUUCAAUUAAAAGUCAAAUGCAAACAGAAGAAGUAUUUUUAGGAUGUGUGAUAACUGUUACUAGAGCUGCUCCGUCAAGUGCAAUAAUAUUCUUAACAUAUGUAAGUGUAAUGAUGGUAAUAGUGGUUGGUGUAAUUUCUACUAAAUCGUUACCGCCAUUCGAAAGAGCCUCCAAGACCCAUUCAGCAGCACAACCAACAGACUUAAAUAAGAGAAUAAUACAAACUACUGCAAAUACAACACCGAAUACAGCUCCAAGGAAAAGACCAAAGAAGCUUCCAAAAAUUGAUAAAAUAAACGGAGUGCCAAUACCACCAAUUAUUGCCAGCAUACCAAAAACAACAGGUAUAAUAAACAAAGCGAUGAAUGCAAAAACUAUCAAUGUGCAAAGAUAA